UUUCCGCUACCGGGUUCAAUUUGAAGUUCCCGAAUCGUGUGCGGCUAUAAUUGUAAUAAUACUUCCGACCACGUUGUGAUCGAUCCGGCUGACUGGUUUCGCAUACGUACAUGUGCCGCCGAAACGCGGUGUAAAAGCUAACAUGCACCUCCGACGCGUCCCACUCCCCUCGCCGCCUUUUCUCCCUUCCUUCUGAGUCCAAUCUUCACUGCGAGCCCUCAUGGCGACCCUCCAGGAGCGUGCGAACGCGUUCCUGCGAGAGAUCUCCAUUCCCAUUGCACGGAGGUUCAACUUGAAAUACCUCCCCGACCAUUUCCACACAGUUGUCUAUGCUGCAUUGGCGUACACGAUUUUGCAUCUUGUCAUUGCUCCUUCACUUAGUCAAUUGAUUGUUCCCGAUGUCUAUAAGGGUCUGAAAGGUCGAAAAGCGCGGAAUCGCUGGAAUAUACACAUUGUAUCUUUCGUGAACGCAGUCACGCUUUCUUGGCUUGCAUUCAAAGGGUUGGGUCAUCCGGAGCUGAGCCAGGACAAAGCCUUUGGAUGGCAUCCUAGUGUGGGGACGGCGAACGCUGUUGCAACGGGACAUUUUAUUUGGGAUGCAGCGGAUGCUAUCAUCAAUUUCACGGAUAUCGGAUUUGUUAUUCAUGGGUUUUCUUGCAUGCUAUUAUAUUCUUUGACCUUUAGACCAUAUCUUGGAUUCUACUCGCCACGGUUCUUGCUUUGGGAAUUGAGCACACCGUUUCUUAAUAUCCACUGGUUCCUGGACAAGCUAGGAAAAACUGGAGGCGCCCUACAACUCAUCAACGGUAUCAUCCUUCUCUCGACGUUCUUCUCCAUCAGGAUCGUAUAUGGAUGGUACAUGAGUUAUGAAUUCCUGUGGACGCUAUGGGAGGUCAAGGAUCAAGUCCCAACAGCCCUCACUGCUACACUCUUCAUCGGGAACAUCAUCUUGAACUCUCUGAACAUCGUUUGGUUCGUUGUAUAUUGCAUUUUCCACAUACCUCUUGUCCUGAGGGCUUCUAUGCUUUGUCUGCAGGUUCACCAAGAUGAUACAGACUAUCCGAAAACGAUUCGAGGUUGACACCUCGGGGAAACCUGCGAAUGGCAAAGCAAAUGGCAAGGCAAAUGGAAAAGCGGAGUGAAAGUCGCAUUCAAUCCACAGCUCAAACGCUUCGUGCCACAUAUUCCUUUACCCUUCACGUUUGUCGUUCUAGUUGCACUCCGCAUAACGCUACUCUUGUUGUUAUUCUCAUACUGUAGACGGGAUUGUAUGCUGUAUGUAUGUGCCAUCUAGAUAGUCGCAAUCGUCCUGUGCACCUUUUUGUGUCCUGCCAAUUCGCAUCAUGCCCUUGAGUACGGUU